AUGUCUUCUCAGGCUAUAUCUAUCGGCCAUAGUGCCACUCACGGCAAGGAUGUGGAACUACCUUCUAUCAGAGAGGUUCUCCAGGAGUUGCCUGGUACAGUUGCCGCGUUGGAAGUCCGCACGGAGACAAUUGAUCUCUCAAAGCAACAGGAGAUGUUCCACAAUCUGCGAAACAUCAUUGAGCAGGCUCAGGCCGAGGCGGAGAACGCCUUCGAUCUGAAAGAGCUUCACAGCACUCUGGAAGAAGCAGAGGCAAGCUCGAAACGGGGCUACCGGAAUGCUCAAACUCUACAAAGCGUCUGUGAAAUCCUGCAUAGGCUGUGGGCGUGUGAGUCUCAGUAUCUAGUUCAGGCCGCCGAGAUCAUUGCAAACGGAAGCAGAGAUCCUUCAUGGCGUGUGCCUUUCGGCCAGUCGGGAGUGUUGAAGUUCUUCUUGGAUGUGAUUUCGUCGAAAGACAAGGUGGAAUCCAACCUGUUACUUCAUUCCUUGCGGGUAAUUGGAAACUCCUGUGCGGAUACCAAUGAGAACAGGGAGAUCGUUGUUGAAGGAAACUACACACUUGCUAUCAUUCGGUACUUCCUGGACCCGGACUUGGUCUUUGUUGCUAUUCCAGUCAUUUAUAACAUCUGCAUGGAUUACGAACCGGCACACGCUCAGAUAGCUGUUAACCGGACAGCCUACAUUUUGUUGAAACUGAUCAAAGACGGGGCCAUUGAGGAUAACGAGGCUUUGCUAAAUUUUGCCUACGAUUUAAUUGAGUUGGCUUCGGAACAAGCCGAUGGUAUCGAAAAUUCGCCCGAUGGAACCAUUUUAUUGUUAAUGCAACUUGCCAUCGUGGAGGGCCUCGAGUUCGGUCAUUUCUCUUCAUUGGCAACUGCACUGGCCGCAUACUUGGAAAAGGAAAAAUUCCAGAAUGUAUGCGUGUCCCACAAGAUGGUGGAGGGCGUGCUAGAUGUUCUACGCCGUUCCUUCUCCGUCGAGGUGGACCAAUCCUCCGCCGAAGAUGUCAAGGCUGCUGCCCAGCUUCGCUUGAAGACCAACCAGGCUCUGGCUGAAGUCUCAGCAUCCCCAUUGUUCGCUGAAAACUACCCCCUCGAUUCCCCUCUCUCUCAUACCCUGAAGUCGUGGGUCGUAGCAUCAGAGGACCAGCUUCAAAUCUGUGCCUGCGUCAUGCUGGGGAACUUGGCUCGAUCUGAUGAGGUUUGCCGGGUGAUGGUGCGUGAACUUAAAAUCCACGAAGAACUGAUUUCGGUUCUCAACGGGGACUCUCGCGGCGCAGUUCUGCACUCUUCACUUGGUUUCCUUAAAAACCUGGCUAUUGCUAGUGAUAAUAGGGCUGCCCUUGGGGAAGCUGGUAUCAUUCCUGCCGUUUCGCGCUUAUGGGCGUACGAGUCGGUGCCACAGGUUCAAUUCUCCGCAGCUAGUAUUGCCCGCCAGGUGACCAUCUCCUCUGUGGACAACAUCUCUCAUCUUCUCGCUCCCCUCUCACAGGACCCGGACUCCCCGGCUCACCAACGGACCUACCUUUCUCUGCUUUUGUCUCUGUUCGAAAAGACAGACUCUACGCCUAUCAAGACUGAGAUCGGCCGCACAGUCGCCUCGAUCUGUCGGACUCUAAGCCCUAUGGGCCGCGGUGGGGAUUCAAAGGCUUUAGAUUUGCUAGACCGACUAUUCACGCUACACGACGGCGUUGCAAUGCCUAUAGGCGCGAUGAUCACUCAAACCAAGUGGCCUGUCGUACGCAGCGAAGGCUGGUUUGCUCUCGCUUUGAUGGGAAUUGAUCCAAAGGGAUGUUCUGCCGUUGUGGAAUGCUUACACAAGACCGAGGUUACCGAGCUUCUAAAGGCGGCAUUGAGCGCAGAAGCAUCGGAUCAAGUUCAAGUGGAAGAGACAGGAGAGCAGAAGGAAAUUGACAAGUCGCAAGUAGCCAAGGAUCGGGAGAAUGCUUUCGUACUUGUGCAGGGAUUAUUAAAGAACGAGUCCGGAGCACUUCCUGAGGGAUACAGAGGAUUCCUAGAGGAUCUAGCAAAGUCUCAUGCUCGGUUUUUGAAAGCGUCUGCCGAGGCUUAG